AUGGCCGCGCCCUUGAAGCGGCGACUGACUGUGGGAGUACUCACACAAACUUACACUCGUUUUUUCCCCAGCACUGGGGGCAAAAGUAGUUUAAACUUAUUAAAAUCACAGACAUUACGUCAUUUUUCACAGAAACAACGGCCUCCGCCACAUUCAUGGCCCAAAAUAAGAUAUGUAGCAUGGGUAGGCGGUGGUGUUGCAGUCGCAACUACAGCUGUCUUUUUGGGCAACAAAGUCCUUCGGCAAAACCAAGCCUGUACUGUGUUUGCAGAGACUCGACAAGAGAGACCUUAUUUUAAGCCUUCAAGGGAGGUGAGAGUGGACACAGAUACCUCUGGGCUCAAGCUGACACUCUACCAGUUUCAAACAUGCCCAUUUUGCUGCAAGGUUAGGGCAGUUUUGGACUACCACGGGUUUUCCUAUGAUGUCAUUGAGGUCAACUCUGUUACAAAGAAGCAGAUUAAAUGGACAGAUUAUCCCAAAGUUCCAAUACUGGUUGUGGAGACAGCUGGAGCGCAACCAGAUUUGGUGAUCAAAGACAGUUCAGUGAUCAUAAGUGUGUUAGAGUCUUAUCUACAUGACCGCAACACCAGCCUGGCCAAAUAUCUCUCUUACUACCCCUGCCUGACAGAAAAUGAGGGCAGAAAGAAGAAGUAUGACUUUGCCAACAAGUAUUUCAUCAUGUUUCAAGAGACAACUAAUCUGCCGACAACGCCAGAGUCCAGAAAUGAGGAGAGAAAGUGGCGGAAAUGGGCUGACGAGCAUUUGGUGCACAUGCUGUCACCGAACGCUUACCGAACAGUGAAAGAAGCUCUCCAGGCAUUUCAUUAUUUCUCUGAUGUUGGACAGUGGGAGCAGAAUUUCUCUUUUGUGGAGCGGCAGGUCGUAAUCUAUGUUGGAGCAGCCGUGAUGUACAUCAUGGGGAUGAUUUUAAAGGCCAAAUAUAAUCUCAAAGAUGAUGUCCGGCAGUCACUGUAUGAUGCUUGUAACGAGUGGCUAGCAGCUGUGGGCAAAGAUAGACCUUUCAUGGGAGGCAACCAGCCUAAUCUAGCAGAUUUGGCAGUCUAUGGUGUUUUAAACUCCAUUGAAGGCUGUUAUGCGUUCCAGGAUGCACUUACCAACACAAACAUUGGGCCCUGGUACAAUCGAACAAAGAAAGCUGUCCAGAAUCACAGUGGAGCUGACCCUCACAAUAUUAAAAGUCUUCCUUCCAAUAUACCAAAGUUAAGUGACAAGCAUUGA